CGGCGCGCACACCGCCGCGCCCAGAGCUGCCCGCCAAGGCCACCAGCGUGGUGGUCGGCAAUCCGCGCCGCCUCGGACGACACUCUCGGACGGAACGGUCUAGACGCCGGCGAGGGGGACGCACCGGGCCGAGCUGGGCUGCGGCAUGUAGUCCAUGUAGUCCUGCAGCACGCGACACGGAUCCAGAAAAAUGAGGGACAAGUCCGACGACAUGCUGGCGCCCCCCGCGGUCACCAACAUGAGCACCCCCAUGCUCGUCACCCCCGACGCCUCCAAGUUCAUCAUGAGGAAGAAGCCCCACACGCUGCCGCCCCUGGAGAAGUUCCGCAGCCUGGAGGGGCGGGGUUCUCCAGUGCCCCAGGCCCGGCGGCGAUCAAGCAUCGAAGAGCAGCUGCUGCAGGAGGACGGACAGGUGAUCCCAGCUGAAGGCAGACCUCUGAUCCGUCUCACCAAGUGCUCCGAGGACCCACCCAGCAUAGUUGUGGGUGGCGGGGGCGGCCCUGGCGGGGGCGGCGGGGGCCUUUCGCAGCGACUGCCGCCCCCGAAGCAAGGCUCCACCCCCGCAGCCGCAGUCCUAGCCCCGUUGGGGAACCGCUACACUCCACUGCAGCCCAUCCGACGAACCGGCGACCACUCGCAGUAGCCAAAGAGAGCCUCUGUUCAAUCCUCCCUUUAUUCAGGGCAAAAAUAUGUGCUGUCAUUUUGAUAUCAAUUUCUUCUCUGUUUCUCUCAUUCUCUCUUUUUCUUUAAUUCUUUAAUUUUUAGGUGAAGGGAAAUCAUUCCCUUUAUUUGCUGUCUUGCUGAUGAAGUUAGUAACUAAAGAAAGCCACGCCAUCAAACUAACUCUCUGUACUACUAGGGUAGUCCUUAUCUUUCUUUUUUAAAAGUCUUGGGUAAUUAUCGAGGGGGCAACCACUCUAGAAAUCUUGUGUCCCCUUAGCGCUAGAAAUCUCUGGGAAAUCUGAAAUCUUGCCCCCCAAAAGGCCCAAAAGAAGCUAUUUUUGAGCAAAAUAACGGUUAAAAUCUUGCGAAAUCCGACGAAAUCUUUUCCCUGAAGAAAUCUUGAGUCCCCAAACAUCCAAUGUGGUUGCCCCCUCGGUAAUUAUUUACAGUUGAGACUAAGAUUUACAAGAAAUGUGGCAAUUAAAUAAUAAGCAAUUUCAUUUGCAACCUGAACUAUGUAGUCACUGUGCUUGAGUUGGGCUGGGCUGGUCCCAAGAAGGAGUUAAGAGAUGAGGCUUGCUGUGCCAGAAUGCAAGGAGAAUACCUAGUUUUUAAUUAUUUCUGCUUUUAACUUCUAACUUUCUCUUAAAAAUUCGAACAUUUUUACUGCUUUCAAAUUUUGUCCUCAAAAUCCCUUUAGUUCAGUUCUAGUGCCAUAAAGUGUUACGUAAUUGGAAUAAAUGCCUCUUUUUUCUCUCUAUCUCGCUCUUUCGAAAUACUGUAACAAGUGAAAAUGCACAUUAGUUACAACAGUGUAUCUCAAAAGGCUUUUUCCUCAGUUUCAAUCUAUAAAAUGAGGCAUAUGUUGCUUAAGUUUCUUCAACUACUAAUACUGUGUCCUAACAACAAGAAAAAUUCUGAAAUGAAAUUACAAUGAAGUUCAAUUAUUAGUGCCUUUGUCCUUCAUAUCAGACAUGCUUCUACUCUUGUAUACUUGUUUAGCUCCUUGCAAAUAAAAAAGAUACUAUCUUA